UGGCGCCGAGCUCUGUGGUUAAGAUGGCGGCGGGGCGCGCGGGGGCGAGUCUGUGAAGGAGGAGGAGGCGGAGGCCUGUCCGGAGGAGCCCUGUGGGGAGCCGGGCGGAGCCGGGCGGAGCGGCAUGUGAGGCGGGCGAGGGCGCUGGCGAGGGCCCGGGGCAGCAGCAGGAGGAGGGCCAGGGGGGCCGCGGGGAUGGGCCAGCAGGUGGGCCGCGUCGGGGAGCCGCCCGCCGCCGCCCUCCAGCCGCCUCAGCAGCCUCCUCAGCAACAACAGCAGCCGCAGCAGCCUCUGCCUCUUUCUCAGCCGCAGCCCAAAGGCCUCCGAGGGAGCAGCAGUGGCACCGGCGCGAGGCCCGGCGCGCGGAGGAGGGAGGCGGCGGCGGGGGGGCCCCGAGGCGCCGAGAGCGGCUUCAACGUCUUCGCCCAGCACGAGGCACUGCACCGCCCCUAUGGUUGUGAUACUGAACCCCAGGCACUGAAUGAAGCCAUCAGAUGGAGCUCCAAGGAAAACCUUCUUGGUGCCACUGAGAGCGAUCCCAAUCUUUUUGUUGCACUUUAUGAUUUUGUAGCAAGUGGUGACAACACACUCAGCAUCACCAAAGGUGAGAAGCUACGUGUACUUGGUUACAACCAGAAUGGUGAAUGGAGUGAAGUACGCUCUAAGAAUGGGCAGGGAUGGGUGCCAAGUAACUAUAUCACCCCAGUGAACAGCCUGGAGAAGCAUUCCUGGUAUCAUGGACCAGUAUCACGCAGUGCAGCAGAGUAUCUGCUGAGCAGCCUCAUAAAUGGCAGCUUCCUAGUUCGGGAAAGUGAAAGCAGUCCAGGACAGCUGUCCAUCUCGCUCAGGUACGAGGGACGUGUUUACCACUACAGGAUCAAUACCACAGCAGAUGGCAAGGUGUAUGUGACAGCUGAAAGCCGCUUCAACACCCUGGCAGAGCUAGUUCACCAUCACUCAACAGUAGCGGAUGGCCUGGUGACAACCUUGCAUUACCCAGCACCAAAGUGCAAUAAACCCACUGUCUAUGGCGUAUCUCCCAUCCAUGAUAAGUGGGAGAUGGAGCGAACAGACAUCACCAUGAAGCACAAGCUUGGGGGAGGACAAUAUGGUGAAGUGUAUGUUGGAGUAUGGAAGAAAUACAACCUCACUGUUGCUGUGAAAACACUCAAGGAAGACACUAUGGAGGUGGAAGAGUUCUUGAAAGAAGCCUCUGUUAUGAAGGAAAUCAAACAUCCAAAUUUAGUGCAGUUAUUGGGUGUGUGUACUCUGGAGCCCCCGUUUUACAUAGUGACAGAAUACAUGCCCUUUGGGAACUUGCUGGAUUACCUGCGUGAAUGCAAUCGGGAAGAGGUGACUGCUGUUGUCCUGUUGUAUAUGGCUACCCAGAUAUCUUCUGCUAUGGAGUACUUGGAGAAGAAGAACUUCAUCCACAGGGAUCUUGCGGCUCGUAAUUGUUUAGUUGGAGAAAAUCAUGUGGUGAAAGUGGCUGAUUUUGGAUUAAGCAGACUGAUGACUGGAGACACGUAUACAGCUCAUGCCGGGGCAAAGUUCCCUAUCAAAUGGACAGCACCUGAGAGUCUGGCCUACAACACAUUCUCAAUCAAAUCAGAUGUUUGGGCUUUUGGAGUCUUGUUAUGGGAGAUUGCCACCUAUGGAAUGUCACCCUAUCCUGGCAUUGACCUCUCUCAGGUUUAUGAUCUGCUGGAAAAGGGCUAUCGAAUGGAACAGCCUGAAGGUUGUCCCCCAAAGGUCUAUGAACUCAUGAGAGCAUGCUGGAAAUGGAACCCUCUAGACAGGCCUUCAUUUGCUGAGACUCAUCAAGCCUUUGAAACCAUGUUCCAUGAUUCCAGCAUCUCUGAAGUGCCUCUCGUUAGCACCCAGAUCUGCUUUCCUCUUCCCUUGCUGCUCUCUGUUCCAACUAUUCCCCUGAUGUUUCUUACAGAAGUGGCAGAAGAACUUGGAAGGACAGCUUCCUCUUCAUCCAUAGUUCCAUAUCUGCCCCGAUUACCCAUGCUUCCUUCCAAGACACGGACCUUGAAAAAACAAGCAGAAAAUAAAGAGAAUAUUGAAGGAACCCAGGAAGCUGUGGAACAUUCUCCUUCCAGUUCUGCACCAGGUUUUAUUAGAAGCACACAGCAGACCAGUGGAUCUCCAGCACUACCUCGCAAGCAGAGAGACAAGUCCCCCAGUGGCCUUCUUGAAGACACUAGAGAGACAACUUUUACUAGAGACAGAAAAGGUGGUUUCUUUAGCUCGUUCAUGAAGAAGAAAAAUGCCCCAACGCCUCCAAAACGCAGCAGCUCAUUCCGUGAGAUGGAAAACCAACCUCACAAGAAGUAUGAGUUGACGGGCAAUUUUUCAGGAGCUGGUCCUUUGCAACACAUUGAUGGAUUUUCAUUUACCUCCUCCCAGCAGGAUGGGACCCUUUGCUCGUCCAAGUGCUAUGUUGGGGGCUUUGCACAGCGGAACUUCUAUGGUGAGGAUGGUGGUGGAGGGAGCACUAGUAGUGGUGGAGGCACUGGUAGCGGGUGGUCGGGCCUUUCAGGCUUCUUCACUCCGCGGCUAAUUAAAAAGACACUGGGCUUGCGCACUGGAAGGCCCACUGGUGCUGAAGAAGUGUCAAAGCCUUUCCCUCGGUCCAAUUCGACAUCGUCAAUGUCCUCAGGUCUUCCUGAGCAAGAGAGAAUGGCAAUGACCCUUCCCCGAAAUUGCCACAGAUCCAAAGUUCAGCUGGAGAGGACAGUAUCCACCUCCUCUCAGCCAGAGGAGAACGCAGGCAAGUCCAGUGAUCUGCUCUCUAAAAGGUGUGAAGAAGUCUCCACUUUGACCAGAGACAGACCAAAAGCCAAACUUCUGUCAAGAGGAGCUGUUCCCCCCAAGACCUCUUCUGUGGAUGCGGCUAUUUCAGAAAAAGAUUGUCAGGGAUCAACGGCAACAGCAAGCCUGAAGAGCAAAGAGAAGAACAGUGGGACACGGCAAGGGUCAGUCGAAGGUGAAGAGAAGACAAGCUGGCCUUCUCCAGCCAAGGCUGCAGUCUCGCUUCCAACUACUCACAAUCACAAAGUGCCCGUCCUCAUCUCACCCACUCUAAAGCAUACUCCAGCUGAAGUGCAGCUCAUUGGCACAGACUCUCAGGGGAAUCGGUUCAAGCUCUUAUCGGAGCAUCAGGCCACUGCUUCCAGUGACAGGCCCAGACGGAUAAAACCAAAAUGUGCUCCUCCACCACCACCCAUCAUGAGGCUCCUUCACCAGCCUCCCGCUUGCUCAGAUGCAGCAGACGAAUUGAAUAAUGGAGCGCUGGUCCAGCAGGGGCAGGGAUCCAGUGAGGGCAGCAAAAAGACAGCAGUGGCACCUGUGAGUGGGAAAGCUGGAAGGCCCAUUAUGCCUCCGCCUCAAGUGCCUCUGUCCUUAUCAUCCACCUCGCCUGCCAAAAUGGCCAACGGCACGGCAGGAGCCAAAGUCGCGCUGAGAAAGACCAAACAGACAGCAGAGAGAAUCUCAGCAGACAAAAUCAGCAAAGAGGCGCUCUUGGAAUGUGCAGACCUUCUCUCAAGUGCCAUUGCAGAGCCCACCACAAACAGCCACCUGGUGGACACUGGUCACCAGCUCUUAGAUUACUGCUCAGGCUACGUGGACUGCAUCCCCCAAACACGCAACAAGUUUGCCUUCCGGGAAGCUGUGAGCAAACUGGAACUCAGCCUGCAGGAACUGCAGGUAUCCUCGACGGCUGCUAGUGUGCCUGGGGCGAGUCCUGUACUUAAUAACUUAUUGUCUUGUGUUCAAGAAAUCAGUGAUGUUGUCCAGAGGUAGCUACUGUCAAAUAAUCUGGUUAGGAGGGGAAAAUGUACACCAAGAGGAGGGAGAAGUGUCGGGGUGACUACUUCUAAUGUGUGUGCGUGUGUUUUCUCCUCCAUUGAUGAUUUUGAAAAGAGAGACUGAUACUUGAGUAAGUUUUAUGUGAAGUACCUCAGAUCACUGAGCUCUCGUGUUUACAGGUUCAUCUCAGUACAUGGGACGGAGGGGAGGGUUCCAAGCCUCAAGGGGUCAGGCGGUUGCAGCCAAGAAGGGAAGAAUGUUAAGAAUUUGCUCUGGCUGGAAAGUGCACCUGCACAAGGGGAGCUUGUGCUCUCAUCCAGCAGGUUGACACAUCGACAACAGAGCCUUUGUUUUGGGAAGGGCUGCUGUGCCCUGUGAUGUUACCCAACUGACCAGAAUUGUUGAUGGAGGGGUCAGGGAUUCUUUUCUGCACUACUGCAUGUUUCACUUCCCGAGAUCCCGAGUUCAGAGGCUCCGUUGAAAGUGGAGUUUUGACGGACCUUCCCAAGAGGGAAUAAAUUAAUUUUGGGGAAGGCCCAUUGCAUUAAAUCAGUAUAUGGAAAUUUGGGAAGUUGAUGCACUAGCCCACCUGGCAGAACUUCCACAGUGCGUCUUGCUGCUGUAAUCAGAGAUACAAAAAAACAAAAGAUGAGCUGAUGUACGAAACACAUCCCUUUUUGUCAUUGUCCCCACCUCUUUUACCACGCACGUUCACUCGCUCACAACGUCUGCAGUGAUAGUUGGGCAGAUUUGCAUUUCACACAAUCACACCCUCCACUCGGAACUGGCUAUCAUCACCUUUUGGGUAGUGUAGCAUAGGUGUCUAUUCUGGAAAUCACUUGAGUGGUUUGAAGCUGUAGCACAAACUGACCAGCACGUGUCCAAAAGCUGUUAAAUUCUGUCUGUUUUUAAAGAUUGCUGUAACACUGGCUCCUUCUCCUUCAGUAAGCCUUGAAGGGCCACCCUUGGAUCAAAGGCACUGCAGAAUGCUGCUACUGCUGCUCUCUACAUUCCUUUUUAACAAAUACCCAUCUUAAUCCAGCCAUAGUUGUCAAGGGAACCCAAGGCAAGAAUGUCUACAGAAAACUCCAUUAGGGCAACAGUGGUGACAUUCACAAAUCUUACUCAAAUAUAGAUAUUUUCCUCUGUGCAGAAUUCCAGUACAUUUUGGUUACCAGGAAAUGCCCUUCAUUGUGUAGCAUUACUGGAAGGGGAACAAUGUAGCAGGGUGGGAGUUUGCCCCCUUUUGCUUUGUACACUUGAAAUUGUGGUAAAGGAUAGCAAGUUAUGGAGCUCAGUUCAGGCAGGAGGUGGGGGGAGAUGAUGGUCUUCAUUUGGUAGAGAUCUGUGUGCACACAUUUUUCCCUUCAGACCAAUAGUUUGUCAUGCUGCAGGUGCCCAUUUUGCUGUCACACCUCUUUCUGACGAGGGCAAAUUGAGUAUCCCUACAGUAUCAAAAUGUCUGUAUGGUGGGAUGGGUGAUGCCCCCGAUCAUGCCAACCACUGUUGCCAAGUAAAUCAGAAACAAGCCUUGCUUACACAUUCUGAUUUCAGCUAUUCAUCCACUCCCCUCAGGAAAUCCUCGCUUUCGACAAUGCCCACAUAAUAUCUCUGUGUUUGAUUUAAUUUAUAGAAGUAUAUGUAAAGUCUACAGUAUGCUGCUAUUCAUGAGACAUCUCUUCUAAGAAACACAAGAACAUGAAACCUCACUUACAUCCAGUACAGCAUGUCAAAACUGUUCCCUCACAAAGUGGUAUUUUUGUCUUUUGCUACGGCUGAGUUAGCUACACUGAAAGGUUAAAAGCGUGUCAAGGUUUUUUUGUGGUGAAUAAUGUAUAUGGCAUGGGAAGGAAGUGCUUGUUCUCAGAACCCACUGAAAGGGUCUUUUGCUCCAGGCUAAGUGUCUUUCCAAUACAUUCUUGCUGGUGAAGGAAGGAAUUUUUGGUUUGGGAGCCAUGUACCCCCUUUUAUCGCACACUCAAAAAAUCAGCCACAUUUAUCACUACCUUCUUAGUCUGUGUUAGCAUGAUCGGUCAGAUAUUUUCAAGGUUUGAUUUGCUCUGCACCUUAAACUUUAUGAAACAUAACAUUUUUAUUUAAAAUAUUGAGAUGAAAUAUAAUUUUUAUGUUGUGCAAUUUAUUUUUUAUAUUGAACCCCUAUACAUUUGCCACACUUUGGGGAGUUUAUCGGAGAACUAGAAUGGCAUCAACUCUGACAAAUAUUUGUUGCUCUAAUACAGUGGUUCUCAACCUAAGUCCACAGAUGUUUUGACUUUUUCCUCCCAGAAAUCCUAACAGCUGGUAAACUGGCUUGGAUUUCUGGGAGUUGUGGGCCAAAACAUCUGGGGAUCCACAGGUUGAGAACCACUGCUCUAAUAGGUGCAUGAUGUUGUAAAACAUUAAAGGGACCAGAUUGCUUUACAAUGCAGGCUCACUGAAUUAAAACUGGGCACAUGAAGGUUUGGAUGACUGGGUACAAAUUAUAUGCAUGAAAUGAAAAAUAACUGACAGGAAACAGUGUCCCGAAUAUUUCUCCUUCCAUUGAUCCCCUGCAUUUCUCUCCUGAGUUGUAAACUUUCCCUGAGGAUCUAGGAAAAGAAAAGCAGUGUCUUGGAAGAGCGCCUCACUGGGCAAUGCUUGGUUUCAGGGUCUCAUACCCUCCCAUUCUCACUAACCCCACUUCCCAAACAGUCUUUCAUCAUUCCCUGGUUACGGAGCAUGCUCUGUCCUCAUUGGACUGUUUAUGGGUUUUCUUUUGACCCCUCCCCCCAAGUAUGGAUUUUUUUAAAUUAUGGAAACUUCUCUCUUGUGUGUGUUGGCACUACCAUUUUGAUUCAGUAAGAACACCCAGAGAAUUGAGGUUGCUAUUAGUGUAUAUGUGUGGCGGGGGGACUUCCCUAGUGCAUAAUUAUGAACUAGUUUUCUCUAGUUCAAAUGUAUCUGCCACAUGUUGUCUAACAUCUGCAAUUGUUGGAUACCUAGUUACAGUACAACAGCAUGUCAUCCUGACCUCUGUGAGGUUUCUUGGAAUUACUGAAGUAGAACUUUCUUUCUGAUUCAUUCCAUACACAACAAUUAUACAAGGUGCAGCAGCAUAACUUCCUUUUUUCAAAACUUAAUAAAACUCGUAUGAAUCAGAAAAAGUUAUAAUGUAGGCGCAUACCUAAAGUUUUGUUUUACGUAGUUUUGAAGAUCAAAUUAGGUAGGUGACGUCCCCCAUUCUCCAUUCUCUAUACACUGAGUAAACUGAUUUCUGGUGUUUGUCAUGACCCUUGCCAGCAUAGCAGGCGUUAACAUUGACAAUUUCUUCCUGGAUGUUGGUCUUCAUAUCUUGUAGGGCCCUUGGACGGUUCACAUAAACACGGGAUUUCAAAAAACCCCAUAGAAAAAAAUCACAUGGGGCCAAAUCUGGAGAGUGGGCCGGCCACUCCAAAUCCGCUCGAAAAGUAGGCCUCAACGGCAAAAGCACGCUCCUCACUGUUCCAAUGCAUGAUGGGACUGAACUUUGUCAGGACAAAACUUUAUACUCCCACCUCUCGAACGAGACCACUAGCGC